GUCUGAGGAAACAGAUUCCUUUGGGCGUAAAAAGCAAAAUCGGUGUGAAAAUGAUAUGAAUGGAUCACUGUAAAUCUGCGAUUGCACCAGGUGUUCAGGAUAUGAACAGUUUUACUGUGACAGAAUCAUCUUGUUCAAACAGCCGACGCUACAGUUUCGCAAGGACUCUUUGUGUAUGUAAUGUAUAUGUAAAACAAACACCUCACGACAUUGGUUAUUUAUAGCGACCUCGUACUAGUGUUGCCAUGCUUAAACCUGUAAACAGACGAAUCAAUUGGUAUUGAACGGGACACACGUGACACGAUCGACGAACGUACUCUUUAAGUGCAUACGUUCAAGAGCAGAUAACUCUGAACAUUAUUCGCCACAGUUUUGAUGCAAAUUCCGCUUCCUGCUGUAAAGUGCCUGGUGUCUGCGUUGUGGUCUGUGGCCUUGGUGACUGCCUACUCGCUACCCUGCUCAAGAGAUACAAGGUUGACGAUAAAGCGGUCAUGGAAAAUUCUGAGAACAUGUUUUCCGAGGAAUCCCUGACAAGUGAUGUGGUGCUUGUAGUCGAGGGCCAAAAGCUGCACGUGAACAAAACGGUACUUUCGAUUGCAUCUCCAGUCUUUGAAAAAAUGUUCUUUGGGGAAUUCAAAGAGAAAACCUCAUUAGAAGUUCCCCUACCCGGGAAGACAUACGACGACAUGGUAGAGCUGCUUCUGUGCAUCUACCCAUCGACCGCCAAUCCGGUCACAGUAGACAACAUUGACGCACUACUUCCACUAGCGGAGGAAUAUGCUAUGACGUCUCUGAAACAACGCUGUCGCACGUUUUUCACAACCUACCUGAAAGUAAACGUGGAAAGUUUAGCAAAGUCUCAGCUGGUACAUUUCAUGCAUCUAGCAGACAAAUAUGACUUUGAUGAUGUCCUUGAGGGUUGUCUAGCUCGGGCUGUGCACAUUGAAUACAGUGGCACCAAUGGGCUACAACACCAGGAGGAGUUCCAUGAUCUCAGUGAAAAGGCGGCUGUCCAGUUCUUUAAGCGGCGAUUGGUGUUGGUGGAGGGACUUUUCAGAACGGUGUUGGAAAAAACCACCAAUCCUUCUGGAAAGCUUCACGAUGACUUACAGGCUAUCAUCGGUGACAAAUGUAAGCCGAAGUCAUACGUGUUCCCUCAUAGCAAGCAUAAAUGUGGAAAAUGUGGAGCUGCGUGUUGCAGGGGAUGUCGGGAGCUCGGCACUAGAGCUAUAAACGAUUUGGCUCAUGUUAUCCCGGAAAUGCUGUCUGCUUUCGAAAAGUGUAAAUAGCUGGCGUAAAUCAGAGAUUUUGAUCAAUUGUUAUUUUGGAUAUAGACAUUUACGUUAGUGACACGCCCAAAAAGAGAAUAUCAGUAGUGAAUUGGUGAAUAAAGUGUGUUUCGCUGCAGUUAGUAGCAUAAUAGCUAUAUCAAGGCGACCUGUAAAAUAAUCGAGUCCUGGACAUGCUCAAACAGUAGACAUCGGAUCUUAAUUUAACUCGUCUCUAACAACAAUCCUGUGUUACUAGGUACAUACACAUGGAGGACUUUAUUAAAGACAAGACAACUAUAUAAGUGGUUCUUAGACAAUAGCUCUGACUAAAACGGUUGACAUCGAAUAUGUUUCAGUCCUCUGUUGCUUAUGUAUAUUAAUAGUCAUUUCAUAGAACGGUCUAAUCACAAGGAUAACACUUUAUGUUAGAAACAUUUCCCCUUCAAAUUUUUUUUAUCUCAACCCAUCGUAGCUUGAUAAGACUGAGUAAGUUACAAUCACUUUGCCUUCUCAUGUUCAAGAUUUUCACAAAGUAAAGGGUAAAAUUAUG